UCCAACAUCACUAACAUCUCCCCCUUGCCCCCUUCUUUCUCUCCCUUUCUCUCUCUCUCUCUGAGAUUCUAGACUCAUAUAGCCAUGGAACUAAUGAAGAUAAUAUUCUUCAUAGCCAUCACAAUGGCCAUAUCCAUCACUCUAACCAUCAGAAGCAUCGGCGACUUCGAGGAGAAACCACUAGUGUUUCCUCAUAGCGUCGAUGACGCUACAGCCACAUUGUCAAAGGAGCCCAAAGAAGUACUGAAGCUAAUGCCUUCCAAAAGACUAAGCCGGUUCCUCGCUGAAGAGAAGAACCCUAGAGCAGCUGAUCAUUGCAACAAGGACAAUGAAAUAUGUAACAUUUUGGGAGGUAAGAAUCAAACUUGCUGCAACAACAAGUGCCUCGACUUGUCUACAGAUGAUAAAAACUGUGGUGCUUGCAAGAACAAGUGUCAUUUCUCAGAGACUUGUUGCAGAGGGCAAUGUGUAAACCUAUCUUACGACAAGAGACAUUGCGGGAAAUGCAACAACCGUUGCGAGAAGGGAGAAUAUUGUGUUUAUGGCAUGUGUCAUUACGCAUGAUGACUAAGAAAUUGAUCGACGAUCUAUUUAGAUUGAUGAGAGGUUUGUCAUAUAUUAAUCUUAAUUACAAUAAGAAAACCACAUUUAAAAUAGUGGCUUUCAAAUGAUUUUAUUUACUUAAUUAUACAAUUACAAUUGAUUACCCAUUCACAAGUAAUCCUCAAGGAUUUUAUCUUUAUAUCUGUAAUGUUACUACACAGAAAUUUAUGUAUCAAUACCACUUAUCAAUGUUGUUGUACACAAUCUUUCAGUUCGGAGAGAAAUAUUAUAUAAUAUUUUCUUUUUGGUA